AUGCUUGGAAUCGUAUUCUUUUCAUUUCAAUUGACGCCGCAAGCAUACAAAAAUUGGCGACGAAAGAAUACAGAAGGAUUGUCAAAAGAGAUGAUGCUCAUAUGGGCGCUCUCUGCCAUACUCUUUGGAGCAUAUGCAAUUAUUCUCUCUCUAUCGAUACCUCUGAUAAUACAACCGCAAAUAUUCUGUGGAUUUUCACUGCUCUGCUAUGUCCAAUGUUUGUACUAUGAUAAAGCAGCCUACGACAAUGGGAGUCCAAAGAGAAUAUUAAAGUACGUAUUUAUAUACCUUAUAUGGAUGUUGAUUCUAGGAGGAAUACAAGCAGCCGGAGUCAUAGGAGUAAGAGCUGCUAACGAUAAAGGAAUAACGUGGGUUGAAACGACAUUUGGCAUUCUGCCAAGUGUUACGAUUGUGAUUGGAUUUGCACCUCAGUACUAUGAAAUAUAUCAGGACCGAAUAGUUCAUGGAAUAUCUCUAGGAUUCGUGGCCCUUGAUAUAUUGGGUUCGGUCUUUUCUAUCUUGAGUUUGGCAUUCCGUCCGCCCCCGCUUGAUAUAUUAGCUGCAAUUACAUUCAUAUCUAUACUGGUGGCCGAUAUAAUUAUUGUAAUCUUACAUUUUCUAUUGCGAUGGGUAGCAAAGUCGACGAAAAAAAAUCUCGAAACCAAAGCGAAGAAUGAGGACUUGAUUAAGGAAUUAAAACAGAAAUGCACGAGCGAAGAACAGCAGGCAAAGGCGAAGCGCAACUUAGAAGAACGGUUGAGAAAAGUUCGAGACGAAAGUUCCGUCUUACAAUCCCAAACCAUUAAUUUUCGGAGAGAAAACGAAUGCCUAUUGCAAAAACAAAAAGAAAUGAAUGAAAAAAUCUCUAGUUUGACCACAAAGCUACAAAUAAAAGACAAAAAAAUAAAGAAAUGGCGAGGCGAAGCAUUAGAAUAUCAAGCAAUAUUAGGCGAUACGCUUAACGUGAAUGACGAUGCCACCACGGGUAUCUCUCAAAUACCGUCAGACACGAUGUCUCUGAUCGCAUCACUUAGGCAAUUUUGUAAAUUCACAAAGCCAGUAAUAGUCAAUGAGCAGACUCUCAAUAAAAUGCUAUCAAUAUGGGAAAUCGCAAAGGCCAAAAACCGAGUAAGGGCUAAGAAUCAGUUCUCUAACGCUGUUCAGGGAGAUGUUAUUAAAUUUAUCUCUUCAGAACUAACGAAAUAUCUAUCACGUGACAUAACUCGCUUUGUCUCGUACGAGAAUCCCGAUCACAAGUUAGAACACGAGAUUGUUUCUUUAACCAAUCAAUUGACGGAAAGGGUCGAUCGGUUUCUCAAAGUGCAUAAUGAUGUUAACAAAGUCAGAAAUUUAACGGCGGUCAAAAUCAGACAACUGGUAUACGCCGUGCUCGCCAUACACUCCUUUACGGACAGAGAACAUCCAUUUGUCAAGGACACUAUUAUAUAUUUGAUGCAGGGCAUGAAUAAGGCUCGAGAACUGCCAAGGGAUGUGGUCGCCGACUCGGAAAAUUGCGCGGCAAACAUUAUCCGAUUGUGCACGUCAUUGUUUUACUUCAAAUUGAGGGCGACUGAACCUGAAGCAGAAUUAGUUUGGCUUCCGAAAGGAGCCGAAUUUGACGACAGGAGUAUGGUGGCCGUUGGGGCUACGGACGAGGAAUUGGAUCAUGCCCGUGUGGAAUAUUGUUUGUUUCCAAUGAUUAGGCGACCCGACACAAAUCUGAUAAUGAACCCGGCGAGAGUGAUUCUUGCUCAAGCUGAUGGCGCAUGA